GUUGGGAGGGGCCGCACAUCCGAACGUUUUCGAGGAAGAUGUUCGGCAGAACAGAUACGAGGGACAAAAGUCAGAUAGAACAAAGCCACGACUUCUGAGUUCGUGACUUCUGGAGAGGGCGAUGGAUUAAACCCGCCAGACCUUGGAAUUUUCAGCACGACAUCGCUGCACGAUGGAUGGCAAGCACGCAGAGUUUGAGAUAGAAGUGUGCAGGCGAAGGGAUCUGGUCAUGAUUGGCUAUCAAAAUGUGCCUGGAGGUCGACGUUGCAGCAAUCUCGUGCGUGUUGAUCCAGCCUUGCUGGCCUUCUUGUUGGAUGCUGGGUGCACUUCGGUAAUCCGCAUGUCUGCUGCCGGGGUAGAAGAGACUCUCACAAUCCAACAGUGCAAACGCCAAGGGUCAGUUCUUGAAAAGCAAUGCAGCGAUGAAGGACGAUCCGCUAGUGCUGUCGAUGGUAGCAUCACUCAGUGGGACCUUGGGUGA